GCUAGCUGUUGGUGUAACCAGGAGUGCUCUGCUGUCCGUGUCUCUGUCAUUGCCCCGCUGCUCCGACCUCCCAGAUUCUAUAUAGCUUGCCUUGGAUUCUUGGCCCGUUUUCGUAUAUAGCAGAUCCAUAUCUUCCUCUCUAACGGGAGCAGAAACGUACGGCUGCUAGCUCUUCUUGGUUUGCAGUUUGCGCACAGCUCAAGAAACAGCUAGCUACUGUGGUAAUCAAUGGCGUUAUCAGCUGCUCCUGCCGGCCAGGCACCGCCGCUGGGGAAGCAGCUCAGCUACCAGCUCGCCGCUGCUGUGAGGAGCAUCAACUGGACUUACGCCAUUUUCUGGUCCAUGUCCACCGGCCUGCGCUCACCUGGAGUUCUGACGUGGAAGGACGGGUUCUACAACGGCGAGGUAAAGACGAGGAAGAUCAUAAGCUUGACUACCACGGAGGUUACCGCAAACGACCUCAUCCUGCAGAGGAGCGAGCAGCUAAGGGAGCUCUACGAGUCUCUCCUGUCCGGCAAGGCGGACCACCGGGGGAGGCGUCCUGCCGCCUCGCUGUCGCCAGAGGAUCUCGGGGAAGCCGAGUGGUACUACACACUGAGCAUGACUUACUCAUUCCGGCCUGGUCAAGGGUUGCCAGGCAAGAGCUUUGCGAGCAAUCAGCAUGUUUGGUUGUACAACGCUCAAUACGCAGACACCAAAGCUUUCAAGCGCGCUCUCUUAGCAAAGACUGCGCCUAUUCAGACAGUCGUUUGCAUUCCCUUCAUGGGUGGUGUGCUGGAGCUUGGGACAUCGGAUUUGGUGCUGGAGGAUCCAGACAUGGUGAACGCGAUCGGCACAUCAUUCUGGGAGCUACCCUUCCAGGCAUGCUUGGAGUCGGAGGCGCCAAGCUCUAGUCCAUCAACAAAUGAAAUCGGAAACGGGGAGGUAGACAUCGUCGUGUUCGAAGACCUUGAUCACAAUGUCGCCGAGAGGUUCAUCUCUGAGCUAGGCGAGGUUGAGAGCAUGUCCGAUGCCAACAUCAAUUGCGCCACCAAGGAAGUGGAUGACUUCUAUGACCUCAUUGAGGAGUUGGACGUGUGUGCUCUUGAGGACAACUUGGUCAUGGAAAGGUCCUUUGAGUUCAUGUCUUCCUUGGAAAUGGCGCCAGACAUGGAUGCACUAAGAAUCGAUGAUAACACCAUCACUUUAAGUAGCUCUGUUAAUGGCUCUCGUCCAUCCUGCUUUACCGUAUGGAAGAGGUCAUCAGACUGGGAAGACAUGGAUGUGCGGGAUCUCGGGGAGUCACAAAAGUUGCUGAAGAAAGUUGUGGCGGGCGGUGGAUGGACGAUGAGAGCUCAAGAAAGUAACAUCAAGACACAUGUCUUGUCGGAAAGAAGACGCCGGGAGAAGCUCAAUGAGAUGUUCCUAGUUCUCAAGUCAUUGGUCCCGUCCAUUAACAAGAUGGACAAAGCAUCCAUCCUCGCAGAGACGAUAACCUAUCUCAAAGAGCUAGAGCAAAGGGUAGAAGAGCUAGAAUCUAGCAGGGCACCAUCAUGGCACCCAAAAGAAGCAACGGGACGGGGGCUCCAUGAUGUUGCUAGAAGGAAGAAGAUCAAACUAUCAACUGGAUGCCAGAGGAAGGCGCCAGAGUCAGAGAGGGAGGAUGACGAUGGCCCAACCAAUGUUGUCAAUGUGACCAUGAUGGAUAAUGAGGUGAUCUUGGAGGUGCAAUGCCGAUGGAAGAAGCUGUUGAUGACACGAGUGUUCGACGCCAUCAAGAGCCUACGUUUGGACAUCGUCUCCGUGCACACAUCCACACCGGGUGGCCUUCUUGAACUCAAGAUACGAGCCACUCACCAGGUUGCGGCUGGUUCUGGUACUGUGGCACCUGGGAUGAUCACUGAAGCACUUCAGAAAGCUAUAGGCAACCGCUGGCAAAAUUAGUAUCAAAAGCAUGACCUGACACCAGUAGAGCGUGGUAUAGUGUUCGUACACUGAUGGUUAUGUUCUUCAGAUAGGACAAUUGCAUCAGAUAUGACUAUAUCAACAUCAUACGUGAAUUUACUUUAUUUGUACACGAUGACAAAGUGCAUAUCAAUGGUACAUCCACCAGUGAGCAAUAUUGCGAGUCAACUGAUACUUUCCCACAAUUGGCAGAGUAUUGGCUUCCCUCACAACCAUUUAGGUGACAUGUGCCAGCUUUCUCUCUGGCUAAAAAUAAUUAGGACGGCCGCAAAAAAACUUGGAAAAAAGGUAGAACUCUCUGGCAAUUGUGAUAAAUUCUGAAUCUGUUAUUCUAGUUUUGGAAAAAUUGAGGAGUUCGGGACCUUGUUUUUUUAGGGGAACUAGACCCUUCUGCAUCUUGCAAAAAUCUCCUUCACCAACAUAAUUCUAUCACAGCCAAGUACUGGCGGCAAACACAUUUUAACAAGGAGACAACUCGUUGCAACACGGUAAUUAGGGACUACAUACCAAUUAGUUUGGCCGUUUCUCCCAGAAUCUUAAGAAUCAGACCUCCCUCCGAUUCUCCCAGAAUUUGAACCCAUAUUUUCUGAUAAUCCUAACUGGAUUGUCCCUAACGUUAGGUUUGUCAGAAAAUUAUGGGUUAAGAUUGCCCCUAAAUAGGUGGUGCCAUCCCCUCAAAAAAAAAAGGUGGUGCCAUUGAAUAGAUCUCUCUCUCUCUCUCUUUCUCUCUCAUCACCCAAGACACUUAUCAUGUUAUGAAAAAUCUAAAGCUGAUCCUCAAUGUGUGUCCAAUAUUUGGCUGUCAAAGUUUUGGAGGACCAUUAUCCAAAACAAGGACCAUAUUCAACCAGCGAUAAGCCCCUGAUCUCACCAUGAGUCUGCAUGUCCUCCAGCACCACCGAAUGUCCGACUCAUUGUUUUAUUUGUCUUUGUCUCUGAUGGAUUACUUAAGCCUUCCUGCAAUGUACGUUCAAAGAGAAGAUAGGAAAGAAAACAUAAACACUAUUUUUUGUAGUAAAAGACAAGUCUUGUUGUGGCCCAUGAAAUGUUGGCAUCACUGUCGGAAAAGGAUUGUUACUGUUACCAACGCUAUCACUUUGUGGACUCUCACCUCGUGGCGUCGUAAAAAUCCAUUCCUGUUGUUGACAGCAAGGCUUUCCAUUUAUGUCGAGAGCAAAUCAUAUCUCAUAUCUGCUGAGAGCAAACAAAGCGCUAACACACGGACCCUGAUGCGGGGAGGUCCCCCGUGCUAGAAGGCUUCAUUCCGUUUGGACUCCGUUUGGUAUUGCUUUCCUGCAAAACUCUAAAACAAGGAAAAAACAGGA